AUGGCCUCCGACCUCGACUACGAUGUGCUGGAGAAGAUUGGCCAAGGAAGCUUUGGCAUCAUCCGAAAAGUCAGACGCAAGGCAGAUGGACAGGUUAUAUGCCGCAAGGAGAUCUCCUACACGCGCAUGUCCGAGCGGGAGAAGGAACAGCUACACGCAGAAUUACGCAUCCUCGAAAGCCUGCGACAUCCCAACAUUGUGCAGUACUACCACCGACAGCACCUAAAAGCGUCUCAUGACUUGCACUUAUACAUGGAGUAUUGUGGCAACGGCGAUCUCGGCGGAUACAUCCGAAAGCUGAAAGAGAGGAACAAGAUGGCGGACGAGGAGUUCGUAUGGACGAUAUUUGCGCAACUUGUCGGAGCGCUUUAUCGCUGCCACUAUGGCGAGGACCCACCGCCAGCUGGGAAAGAGGGUAACGUGCGGAAGGGCAAAGCGCUUGUGAGCAAGCAGGGCCACACCGUCAUCUUGCACCGCGAUCUCAAGCCGGAGAAUGUGUUCUUGGGUGAGAACAACAGCGUGAAGCUGGGAGAUUUCGGGCUGUCCAAGAUCAUCGCUGCGCACGACUUUGCGAGCACGUACGUGGGCACACCAUUCUAUAUGAGUCCAGAAAUCUGUGCAGCAGAGCGUUACUCACACCAUUCUGACAUCUGGUCCCUGGGAUGCAUCAUUUACGAACUUGCGACUAGAAAUGUGCCUUUCGAGGCACGCAGCCAUAUGGAGCUGGUGUUGAAGAUCAAGAAAGGCUACAUCAAGCCUCUUCCGCCGCAGUACAGCCAAGACCUGUCGGAUGCAAUUGCGUGGUGCUUGAAGACCGAUCCACGUCAACGACCAGAUUGUGCGCAACUAUUGACUGUCGCCAAUAUCAAGGUUGCCCGAACCAAGCUGGAACAGCAAACAGCACUUGGCCAAUUCGACAAGGUGCAGGCUGAACGCGACUCUGCCCUGAACAAGCUUGCUGCGGCGCAGAGGCAGGUGCAGGAGCUGCAGGCAGAGAUUGCCAAGUUGCGAGAAUCGAACAAAAAGGUCGAGAUGGAGUGGCAUGCGCGAGCAACCUUGGCUAUCGAUCAAAAGGUUCACGAGGCAUCGGAAAAGAGCAGGGUUGAAUUACUGGCCCAAUUCGAGACGGCCGUUGAGCAACGAGCAGAGGAGAAGCUG